AUGCUCAAAUCUACCUACACAGCCCCUCCCCCUUUGCCUCCAGGGUGGUCGGAGCACCGAGCCCCCUCAGGCCAUUUGUACUAUUAUAAUUCAGCUACCAAACAGUCGACAUACACUCGACCACAGCCUCAAGCUCCUCAGCCUCCCCCGCCCGCACAGGAAGCUACACAGACCCUUCCGUUUUACACGCCGGAGACACUCCCGCCAUUUUCUUCUACACCCUACGGACCGGGACCUGCGCAACAUGGCCCACCGCACUCUGGCCGUGGUGGUCGAGGGGCGUUUCGCGGCGGCAGAGGUUAUCAUGACCGUGGGCGUCGAGAAACGGAAGAUAGACCAAAGUCGAAGCAUCCUAUACCCAAUUGCAGCCCAUGGCUGCUCGUGAAAACCAAACUUGGACGGCGAUUCGUGCACAACCCCGAAACCAACGAGAGUUUUUGGAAGUUUCCAGCGGAGGUACUCAAAGGUGUGAUUGAAUAUGAUCGCCUAGAGCGCGAGCGCAAAGAAAGAAAAGAACGGGGCGAGGAGCCCGUGGAGGAAGACAAAGAUACCACGGCUACACAAGAAAAGGAUUCGCCCCGAAAGCAAGAAGAGACCACCCAUGCAGAAACUUACGCCGAGGUGGAGGCUGCAGAAGGCGCAGAAGAUAGCGAGUACGAAGAGGUCGAGGUUACCGACAGCGAAGAAGAAGAGGGUCAGCCAUCAAAACGUGCGCGAACCGAAAGCGAAGGCGCCCAAGACCAACCAGUUGAAUUUACCGAGGAAGACAUGGAAUAUCAACUUGCGGCCAUGGGCGAGGAAUAUGGACUGGACCCAGCCGAAUACGGCGAGCCUGGCGAAGGAGAGUGGGAAGAGGGCGCUGAAGGUCUGCCAUUGACUGAAGCCGACGCCGAUGCGCUUUUUCGUGAUCUACUCGAUGACCACCACAUUAAUCCAUUCACCACAUGGGAGAAUGUCAUCGAGGAAGGUCGCAUCAUUGAGGAUCCGAGAUACACUGCACCUUCAAACAUGAAGGCACGGCGGGAUAUCUUUUCCAACUGGAGCCGAGACCGAAUCCAAGAAGUCAAGGAGCGCAAGGAGAAGCAGGAGAAAAAAGAUCCUCGGAUCAAAUACCUGGCGCUCCUACAGGAAUAUGCGACCCCCAAGCUUUACUGGCCCGAAUUCAAGCGCAAGUACCGCAAAGAGCCGGAAAUGAAGGAUUCUCAGCUUUCGGAGAAGGAUCGCGAGAAGUUCUAUCGAGAUUACAUUUCGCGACUGAAGCAGCCCGAAAGCAGUCGGAAAUCAGACCUUUCUACUCUGCUCAAGUCCAUUCCACUACACUCUUUGAAUCGAUCAUCAAGCCUGGAAGCCCUUCCUGUGCCAAUUAUCAUCGAUCUUCGUUACAUUGCACUUGCGCCCAAGGUGCGCAAUCCGUUAAUUGAGGCGUACAUAUCGACUUUGCCACCUGCACCAGCCGAGAAAUUGAGCGCAGAGCAGCAAGAAGAGAACGAUCGGAAACAGAUUGAAAGAGAGAAGCGUGAGAAAGCCUUCGCAGACCGCCAGAAGCGGGUUGAAGAAGAGAAACGCAGACAACGAGGCAAUCUUCUUCGUGGCAAGGACCUUCUCAGAGAAGGCGAGGCCGAAAUUGAAGAGGCCAUGAAGGUCCGCAAGGACAGACUACGCAGUUACAUGGACGUGGACACGGUGGCAGGCGAAGACUAG